UUUCUACUUUCUGCCAGAAUCUACUCAGUUCUAGCAAGGUAUAGCCUAGAGAUCUAGAAGGUCCGUAGCAGAAGCAAAAGAUCUUGCUCUGCAGUUUGGUCUUGACACACUCCAUUGUUGACGCAGCAUUGGUCUGAGCAGGUUUGUGUCUUGCCAAUCACAGCACUGUGCUGAUUUGGUGGGUGGGAUUAGCACCAAUGCUGCAUUGGAGCAAACCAACAAAGGUGGCUGAGGCUUGUUUGAAAUUACUUUGGCAUUACCUUUGGCCCAUUUAGGCUUGGGCUUUUCUUGGAGUCAAGAGCAAAUAGAGGUACUUAAGUACUUUAUUUAGAAAAAAUAAUGUAUUUCUGUCUUCUUUGACGGUCUAUGGGUUGCAGCCAAACUAUAUAUUCACAUAUGGCUUGCCAGGCUAGCAAGGUACAGCUAUGGUCAAAAAAAGAUUUUUAUUUUUGCCUGAGCUUUAAUGAUGGCAGUUUACAUAAACUCUAGACCAGACAUGUUCAAAGUGCGGCCCAGGGGCCAAACACAACUAUUUUGGCCCUCACCUUGAAAAGUUUGGACAUUCCUGCUCUAGACUGCAUUUCAUCUGACCAUGCUUCAUGACAAUCAAUUGCAACGUCCCUUUUUAUCAUGAUUAAGAAAUGAAUCCCCCUCCCCCCAUAACAUUUUAACAGCAUUUGUGAAAAAAGCCUCAGAGAGACUAAGAAAACCCCAAAACACCACCAGAUGUGCCAUCAUGACACCAUCACUGCAGAGCUGCCCAGGAAUGAUAGCUGGCAGGUGUGGGUACAGCUGCAGCAUAGUGAGAAGAUUUUUGUAGGAUGCCUUGGUGGCAAGGAAGCCUCUUCUGUCAAUGAAAAACAUCAGCAAUAGAGGGAUACUCUGCAGGACUGCUGAGGACUGAGAAAAGUCAUUUUCUCUGAUUAAUUCCAAUUCGGAUUAUCAGAAGCAUCUGAUUAAAGGAGUGUCAGAAGAAGAAUAGGUGAGAGCUCUUAUCAGUCAAUGUCAACUAAUAUUGGGCAAUGUGUAAAAAGUUUCCAAGCGAUUAUGUCUGUUCAACAAAUGGCAAUAUACGCACAGGUGGCGUUCAGAUGUUCUGUGGGCCUGGCACACACCAAUGAGGCUCCAGCAAUCACAAUUGCAAUUAGUCAAGCUACAUGCGAGAGUAGUGGAUGGGACUUCUGACCUGUCAUCCAAUAGUUGAAGCUUUCGCCUCAGCAAAGAGGUUGAGGUGAUGAGGAUGUAACCCAUCACCUGUUGGAGCAGGUAAGAUGUUGAUCAAACGUUUGAAGCUAAUAUGAGGACUCUAAUGGAAGGUUUGCUGGGAAAGAGACACAUCUGAAGGAAAUGUUGAUCUUCAGCUGUUACGUUUGGAGCUUCUUAGCCAAGGGAAUGAAUGCCUCAGAAUUUAACUAACGUCAGGACGUUAACCAGGAGUUGAUUGAAAGAAUGUCAGGGUGAUUUGCAAAGGUUUCAAAAAGGACCGAAGAUGGAUUUUGCUUAAAUUUAUUGUAUUACUCAAUAAAAGCCUUUUUAACUUGUGAAAGGCUUUUAUUAAACUUCAGUAUGCCAUGCAAAACAUUAGGAAAGAAAAUGACUCACAAACACUGAAGCAGCCAACUUAGUUAAAACCAAAAACAUUUGGCCUCAUUUAUGUUUUCUUUACUUAUAAUGGAUUUAAACUCAUAUUUGUGGAUGAAACACUGAACUGUCAACUGACAACUAUUUUACAUGUGUUUAUGAGCUUCUGUACUUGUUUUCAUAACAGAAAUAUGUCUGUUUUAGAUGGAGGGCUGCCCAAAUGAUCACAACCUUUUAUUGUUGUGUAAUUAUUUUGUCCCUUGUGUGCAGCACAUAGAAAAAAAAACAUUUAGAGUAAUAGACGGAUUUUAAAAUGGACAAAAUGGUAGAAGUUGUCUGAUGUCUGUGUGUGCAUCCUUAGGUUAGCACAGUGGAGUCGGACUCCACUCUGAAACAUCAACACUGUUGUUUAACACUCUACAGAGCUACAAUGAUAAUCUAUAAAUGGGCUGUUUGUUUACAGCAUCAUGGCAACCAUGAUUGUUGUAAACCUACAAAUCCUUGCCUGCCUCACAGAAAGAAGUGUUUGACUGAUGUGUAUGUUAAUUUGUUAGACUUAUUUGGCACAGCAUUGUUAAGGGGUACAAGACUCUUUUGACUGGCCAGUCUGGACAGGAACUCCUCUGACUCGACCAAUGAACUGAUGACCUUCACGGGUCCGGCCCCUGGACCAAAAUAACCCAGCAAAUACACUUGAGGCACCAUGAGAACUGGAGCUAACCCACUGCUGAAUUCUUUGUGUACAAACAAGGGAUUCUUGUCAGUUCGCUGCAGCUGAAGCAUGCUGUUUUCUGUUCUCCUCUGUUGUGACAAGACCAGCCAUCCUAGUGGUUUGUGUUUUUAGUAUUCAGGGAUACGGGAUGGCGAGACUGUAGAUGGAGGAAUACUAAAAGAUGGGCUGCAUUCAAUAGCAAAGCAGCUCGCUUUGCGUCCAGGGAUUUCAUUUCACGUGGUGCAUGUAUAAUGAUUAAAUUGGUCAUCCGUGUCCACGUUACGUGGAGUAUACACUGAUUUAUUUUUGGCCCAUUUUGAGCCAAUUUUCCACUCAUGCAGCAAUCUGUGAGGAUGGGCUGAGUUUGUGUCAUGUGUAGGGAUGGUUACCGAAUUCGGUACUUUUUAAGGCACCGACCGAAUUCCACAGUACCGACCGAGCACCGAUUCACGUCAUUUCAAACUGUGCCUCAUUUCGGUACCCGUCCUUCAUAACGAGAACUUGCCAAGACAGCUGCGCAUGCGCAAGAGCAUUAUGUCGUCGCUCGCUGCGAGCCAGUUGUAAACAGAGCAGCAUGGUAGAAAGAACGCACGCUAAAGCUUGGGUCCACUUCACUAAAUGUGAUGGGUAACUGGGUGAUGAUGAAACCAGCGACAACAAUCUAAGUGAGACAUCCUCACCUUAAUCUGCUCCGGUAGGUAAAUAAAAUGUUUAAGAUAAGGUUAGCUUGAGAUGUUAGCUUCCGUUUCGCUAAUGGUGCGUUCGCUUUCUUCUCGGAACUCCGAAUUUCCGACUAGAAGAACAUGAACGCGCUCUAAAGUUUGGCUUCACGUUACUAAAUGUGAUGGGUGAUUGGGUGAAGAUGAAACCAGUGACAACGAUCUAAGUGUGCGGCAUCAUCGUUUUAAUCUGCUCCAGCAGUUAAAUAAACUGUUAAAGAUAACGUUAGCUUGAUAUGUUAGCUUCCAUUACCAGCAUUGUUAUCAGCUAAUGGUGCGUUCGCUUACUCCUUGGAAAUUCUAACUUCCCAGUAGGAAAAAUCAAAUGAAAAAAGACGGCAAAAGGAAUGAAGAUACGCAGUAAAUUUAGUUUACAGUAAAGAUGUUUGCUUCAGUUUAAUUAUCCGCUUGUAAAACUACAAGGACCAUGUUAAAAUACAAACAGUUGUAUGUUAUUUAUCGUGAUAUUUAUCAAAUAUGGUUAUAUAUUGAGAAAAAUAUAUAUUUAAUUAUAAAAGAGAAUUAAAAUAAUAAACACUCAAAAGUACCGAAAAUUGGUACCGUUAAGUACCGGUAUCGAUUCCUAGGUACCGGGAAUUAGUACCGAAUCGAUUCAAAUGUCAAAGGUACCCAUCCCUAGUCGUGUGUGUGGUGGAGACAUAAAGUGAUUUACACCUCUCGAUUGGCAGUCAUGUUAACCACACACACAGCAGAUGCACCAACACAUCUUUUUACACUUUCCUUCACCCACAAUGGCAAGGAUCAUCAAGAAAGUGUGGUUUUGUGUUUUAUGUCAAAUAAAAACUGAUUCCCUUACUUCCCACAUGUAAUUUAUUCUUUUUCUACCUCCUUACCACAUAAAUAUCUGCAUGUCUUCUUACAACUAUGGCAAGCCUCAAGAACAGCAGACACCAUUCACAACACAACAUCUCCUCUCUUUUGAGUUUCCAGAUUCAAAGAUCCAACAUGUUGCAUAAAAAACACAAUUUGGGCAAAUUUGUAAGUAGAUCACUACCAUACGUACAGUGUGAUUAGUCGGGUCAGUGUCAGAACAUGACGUAGUUGUAGAGUUUGAGAUGGAGCUGAAUACCACUAGAAAUAGUUGCACAGUGCAGAUUCCAAUUCUGGUAAUGAAGAAAAUGGAAAUAGCCAAAUCUGGCUACAUGUUUUAAGCUCAAAGAUGGUUGACAUUCAGUAUUUUUUGCUUCUUUAGAUUUUAUUGCAGGCAGUAGGCAAAUAUUAGCGCUUCAUUAAAACUUUAGGAUGAAUUGACUUAGUUUGGUGAAAUGUUUGCACAAUAAUGAGCAUAAGAUCCUACAAUUCAAAAUGGAAUCCUGUUGAUUUAACAUAAAAACAAUUGUUUUUUUAUAGCACUGAUCAACUUUAAUUUAUAAAAAUAUUUUUUAUUUGGGAUAAAAUCAGACAUUAAAUAUUUUCAAUAUUUUGACUGAUAUUUCCAGAGAUUAAUGGUAAAAACUACAUCAAACUCUUCUAGUUGCUUCAACAACAAAACACCAUAUUUUAUUUACAGUUUUCUCAAUUGUUUACACACAUUUUCUGGUACUUGAGACACAAUGACCACAACAUGUAACCAGUUCACCAACCCCCUUAACCAAUUCUGCUAAACUACAAGCACAAUUCCUGCUUUGCAUUCAAAUUUCAAAUCUAAAACACUUUUUUCAAAACACUACACACAAUUCUCUGCUGUUGGCACACUUUUCAUGCAGAAAAUAUCUUGUUUUCACAAGGAACACACUGCUAUUCAAAUAUGCACACUGACUCAUCACAAGGGCAAACACCUGUCACACAGUUUUACAAUCAGCAAUCAGAGCUUUAGCAUAAAAGGGCAACAGGUGAGCUCUUCUGUUUUGGAGCAAUGGAUGCCAACAUUGGAAACAGAGGCAGAGCCAGAGGAGUGAGAGUAAAAGGAGGAGGACGGGGAGGAUGAGGGCAAGGACAAGGAAAAGGAAGACCAAGAACCGUAAUCUCUGAUGAGAUCCGAGCCACUUUGGUUGAUCAUGUGGUCAACCAUGGUCUUACAAUGAGGGAGGCUGAGCAAAGAGCCCAGCCAAAUUUGAGCAGGUACACUGUAGCAUCCAUCAUCCAGGCUUUCCGAAAUGAGAAUAGGUAAGAAAUUUUCUCUCACUAGAAAAUGGCAGUACUGCAUAUCAAUACAAUCAGUAUUCAGUGUGUAUAGUAGUAGUAUUGCCUGUGGACUGUUUUGUUGGACAUAAAAAAUACUGUAAAGUAUGUUUCCAGUAUUUAGGAAAUGUAUACCUACUUUGUAUUGCCAGAAUUUUACUAUUUGUUUGGCAGAACUGAAAGAUUACCAAAACGAGGUGGUCGGGAACGUCUUCUGUCUCCUGAACAGGGAACUGAAAUCAUUAACAUGGUCCUAGAAGACAAUGCCAUAACAUUACGGCAAAUCCAAACAAAAAUAAUAGAAAACAAUGACGUUUCAAAAUAUUGAUUGGGUCAUCUUAUCAACACUGGACCGUGUCUUGCCCGGAUAUCAUCUCAGGAUGAAGCAGGUCCACAGGGUGCCAUUUGAAUGCAAUUCAGAAAGAGUCAGUAUGUAUUUACUGUCUGUAGUAAAUGUAACACGAAACCAAAAAGGCUUUAGUCAUUAUGAUGAAUGGAGAAGAAGUGAUUUCUAUUCAUCAUAGUGUUUUACAUUGAUUACAUAAGUGUUAGGCUGGUUCUAAUCAAUAUCUAUCCAUAUGAUGGUUUGUGUGUGUCCUUUGACAACAAAAUCACAUUGUGAGAAGAAAUAACAUUGUUUUGAAUGUGAAGUUUCAUUUUGCAGGUUAAUUGAGGGGUUUUGCCCCGUGUGUGUUUUGUUUGGAUUUGUGUGUAGAGUUCUGACAAUAUGAGGCAUGCUUUCAGAAAAUGUGUGUAAACAAUUGACAAUAACUGUAAAUCAGCAAAUAGCUAAUAUUUGAUUCCAAAAGUCUUCAAAAUUCACACUCCUAUUGUUUAAGGCAGCACAUUCUUGCAGAAGUAGCUCAGAGUUGACACAGAUAAAAAAACCUAUCUCCUCUCAAGUCUUUGUGUCAUCUAACCACACAGAUUUAUAUUAGACUUUUUGCAUGUCUGGCCGGAUCACCUUCUGUGGGUUUGCAAUUGUAGAAGUAAAUAUGCUGAAUCACUGCUCUGUCGUUCAAAAAAGUACAUGUGGGAGAAUGAGGUUCAUGUGUGUUGUUGCACACGUGUAGGUGUCUCCAUGCGAACGCUCAGUCCUAAUAAAACAGGCUGGGCUGAAGGAGGAGUUACACUUUGGACAAAUAGCAAGACGAGUUUACAGGACAUAGGGCUUUUCUUGUUGUUGCCCAAGACUGUUCCAUUCGGGCUAAUUUAGGGGAAGAGAAGGGGAGUGGGAGACGGGGGAGUUGGAAGCUGAGCUGGCAGUUAUAAAGGAGGAAGGUGACUCAUGGUGACUAAACUCGGCCUACUGUAACCUCGCCAACACACGAAGACGGGGGAGUGGCGUCACCAUCUGUAAGCACAAGUUGGGCUGAGCCAGCGAACAGCAGACGGUGUCUGGCAGUGAGCGCGUAUUUUGACUCGUGGAGGAGCUGAUUUCACCUGGAUGCACCAUGUUGUCUUUGGGAUAGCAGGCGAUUUGCUGAUUCCUCAACCUUUCGGGCUGGACUGUGGUGCAUUAACUUCGGCUCGCCCUCCCCUGCCCCCCCGCCCCCCAGCAAUGGCGUCACGCAUUGGGCUGCGAAUGCAGCUGAUGCGAGACCAGCUGCAGCAGGAGGAACAGCGUGAGCGGCAGCAUCAGGAGCAGAAUGCGGCAUUGCAGUUGCAGUACAUGCAGCAUCGCAUGGCGGCGCCACCUGAACCCACACCUGCCAUCAGCGCCCCGCAGCAUUACCAGAGCAUGCAGGUCCCUGUUGAGGUUCUGAAGGUGCAAACCCACCUUGAGAAUCCAACAGACUAUCACAUACGUCAGUCAAGGAGGCAGCAAGUGAAGGAAUAUCUCUCCACCACCUAUGCCACCAAACAGACGGUCCACGCAGUAGCAGGAGUCGUACCCCCAUCUCCUCCCACAAACAUGGUACCUGCAGGGGGAUCAGCACCUGCUCCCCAGCCCCUCCACUCCCCACUCUUACGGAAAGAGCAGCUCAUGUCUGGCAACAGCGCCCCCAACAGCCCCAUGGCCAUGCUCAACAUUGACUCCAGCCACGAGAAGGAGAUGGAUGAAGUCAUUGAUAACAUUAUAAGUAUGCAGUCCAGUUAUGACGAUAUACAUGCGUACAUGGAUCCUGUAGAGAUGCCAAACACACUCCCACUUUCAAGCAGUCACCUGGACGUGUACACAGGUCCUGGGAUGAAGGGGCCAGCUAUAGCCAUGACGAGUAACUCCUGUCCUGCAAACUUGACCAUCAAGCGAGAACUGUCAGACACAGAAGCCCGUGCAUUGGCCAAGGAGAGACAGAAAAAAGACAACCACAAUCUCAUUGAACGGAGGAGAAGAUUCAACAUUAACGAUCGAAUCAAAGAGCUGGGCACCAUGAUUCCCAAAACCAAUGACCUUGAUGUGCGCUGGAACAAAGGCACCAUCUUGCGAGCAUCUGUAGAUUACAUCAAGCGCAUGCAGAAGGAUGUUCAGAGGUCCAGAGAAGUGGAGAAUAACUUCAAAAGGAUGGAGAUGGCCAACAAACAGCUAUUGCUACGCAUCCAGGAGCUGGAGAUGCAGGCUCGUCUGCAUGGCAUACCCAGCAACUCUCCCUCUGGUCUGAAUCUGGCUGAGAUGAUGCCUCCUUACAUAAAACAAGAAACCAGUCAAGAGGAGAACCUCUCUCACCUCCAGCAGCAAGCACACCUCCAGCACCAGCACCUAGCCCACAACCAGGUUCACCCCCAGGCCCAGCAGCACCACUUCCUCCCCCAGAACAACCUUCACCCUCAUGGGCAAGCCCUGCCUCCUCCCAGGCAGCAGCUCCCACCACUCCCACAGCACCUCCCACCCCAGCAGCCCAUCCAGUUCCCAGCUGUGGGCAGCUCUCAGCCCUUUGACUUUGCCCACUCAAUGGACUUGUGCGAUGGGAUCCCUGGGUUCUCCGACGGCAUGUCGGGGCUGGGUGACCUCGGCGGACUGGAUCUCCAGGGGAAGAGGGGCGAGCUAGGCUUCCUGAUGAUGGACGAGCCUUUGUCCCCGAUAGGUAGAGACCCUCUGCUGUCUGCUGUAUCACCUGAGGCCUCCGUCGACUCAAGUCGCAGAUCCAGCUUUAGCAUAGAUGAUGGAGACAUAAUGUAGACGCACAUUAAAGACACACUCUCAUACGCACACACACACACACACAUGUGCCUUUUAGGUUAAAUACCCAGCAGACUGAGCGUGUAUUAGUUGUGAGCCAGGACAUGAACAGGUCUCUUAAUCAUAAAGGAACAGCUAACAGCAUCAGCAGAUACAAGGACACACAAUUGCAUCACCUCACAUCAUAGCUGUCCCCCGCACACACACACGCACACACGCACACAACCCCUUUUAAUAACCAUAAAUGAUAGAAUGAACGAUGGUUAAUAAAAUGAGAAUAGCGUCAUGGUCCUGCAUGUGUAAUUCUCCAUUAAGGACUCACGUUGCGGUGUUGUUCCACAUUCUGCUUUAGCCUCACGCAUUAGCUGCUGACGGAGAUCCGCUCCGACCUCGCCCCGGACUUACCCGGCUUCACAAACGUCUGCACAGAAAAAACACCUUAUUGAUGUUGUCAUCUCAAAGAUGCUGCUGAAUCUUUGUCCAGAAAACCUAACGGAAGUCUCAGAAAUUCUCAGGUACUGUAACAGAAGCAGGAAUAAUCCAGAAUCCCAGAUAUUAAUCCCAACAGUUUUAGAGCCAUAAGUCUAAUCUGCAUGUGCCCUUUUGAUUCAUGCAGCUGCUUUUUUUCUUCUCCGUUCAUGAUUAUUAUUUUUAAUGUUGGAGGUUAUUCACUUCCUUUCUUGCUCUUUAAAUGCAGUUAGCAGGUUAUUUUUUCAGCUUUAGUUAAAUGAUGGGAUGUUCCUCUUCUUUGUCAGGUUUGUGAGCAGGAUGACGGACAAACGGAGGGGUUAGGAUCUGUGUUUGUUGUCAUGUUCAUGGUAACAGUACAGCGUUUGAACACUGGUAUUUGUAGACGUCAACACGUGUCACAUGUGUGUGCUCUGUAGCGCUCUCGGUUAUGUUCAGCCCCGCGGCUGUUCCCAGACCAGCCUGCUGAUGGUUUCCAUCUCCUCCCUCGUGAUUUGAGUUAAAGCAGCCAGAUUUUGCAGAGGUGAAGCUCAGGUCUGGUGUCACAUGAAGAUAAAUCAGGCUCCAGCUGUCACAUUGAUAGCUGCAGCAGGUGGUGGUGAACCUGUUGGUGUUCAAACCUGGGAUUUGACUUUUAUUUGUAGUUUUUGAUCACAACUGAUAAAAAAAUUCUUGGUGAUUAUUAUUAUUAUGUUUUGGAUUUGUGUUUUUUCAUGUUUUUAUUUUAGAGUUUGUUGUUUCCCAAAGCACUGGAAUCUGUCUUGUUUAGCCUUUGUACAUGGACUUGGAUUUAUUUCAGAUGUCAUAUGCCACUAAGCCACUUAAAUGUAUUUUAUUUGUAUUUGUUCAUUUAGUUCUGUUGCAAUAUUAUUCCAGAACCAUCCACUCAUCUCUAAACCAUUUUUUAGGAAGGACGUUGUAAAAGCGCCAUUGUCUCAUAAGAGGACGAAAAGGAAAACUUGAGUGGGGUUUUUAAACAUUUAUUUGAAAACGGAAGAGAUUAUGUACAUUUGGAAUACAGUUUUUAUAUAAUUGGAAUUUCAUUUUUCGUAAACGUAGAAUUUUGGAGGUAGAUCAUGUGUGAUUCAGUGAUCUGAUUUCUAAGUUGAUGAAUGUAGGGCUUAUCGCAGCAGUUCUGGUCAGAUUGAAGUAAAUCAGUGUUUUAGCCCCGCCUUCUUCCCCCAUCAUCCCAUCUUUGGUUUCCAUGGAGACUGGAAGAUGACUGAUUUGACUGAAACUGAGCUAGUGUUUUGUGGUUGUCUGGCGUUGUACCACUGACUCUGUGUUUGUUGUAAAGACUUGUGCCUUUCUUCUUUGCUCAGUCACUCCAGCCGACACUCCAAAGAGCUCCUCCAGGGCACACCGCAGAGCAACCACACAGGAACAAGUGGCUCUGAAUCUACUAAAAAAAUAAAGAAAUAAAAUGUUUAACCUGAA